AAGUUCAUUUGAUUUUGUCGUUUGCCAAAUUCCAAACGAGAGAAUAACUAUACAAUCCAAGCUUGACGGAGGCGGAGGACUGACAUUAAAAGAAUCCAACACAGGCGCGACACCAAAAACCAUAACGGAAAAAAUAACCCCAAAAUGCCAACAACAAAAACAAAAACAGCAGCUGCUACAUUAUUAUUCUUCCACAAUGAUCAUUCAAAUCCCUCUCUGUAAACCCUAAAUUUCUCUCUAAUUCCUCCACAUUUCAUCAAAUUCGCCGCAGAUUCGCCCCUAUGGAGGCCUUGAUUGAGCUUUGUGACCUAAUCUCACAGAAUCCCUCACAAUUCAACGAUAAGCUGACGUGGAUUUGCAAUCGAUGUCCGCAGCCGGACUUUUUCCACUCCUCCACCGGAUCAUCGCCGUCGCCUAGGGUUUCCCGCCCUCAUCUCAACGCUAUUCUCGCCGUUUCUAGAUUUCUGUCUAAAUCCGCCUCCGACACGACCGAUCAUAGACCUCAGGCCAUUGUUCUCGAGUUUUUCCGGUUCAUUCCGACGUCGUUUUCUCCGUCGUUCUGGCCUCAGUCGUUCUCUAUUGACUCGAUCUCUUCUUUUUUUGUCGACUUUUUAGGCUAUAUCUCGCAAGCUGCAAAACUAUCGCCUGAUUUCGCCAACGAGAUUCAAUCGUUCUUCGGCGACGUCGUUUUAGCUGCCGUCAAUGCUUACUACAACGUUGACAAUUAUAAAAGUAAUAAUGAUAAUGAUAAUUCCACUGAGAAUUUCGCUAUUUCCAAGACGUUCAUGCUCGCUUUAACAAAGCAUUUCCCGCCUAUUUCUCCGUCUGAUGCUGAGAAAUUAAUCACCUGUCUUCUCGAUCAGUUUGAUGCCGUUCCAGCUUCUCCGAAAGAACGGCUGAACUCUGAAACGACGUCGUCUCAAAGCUCUCCGUUAAAUGUUCAUAAUGAGAAUGGUAAUAGGCAAAGUAAUGAAAUUACGAUUUCGAGUCCGGCGAACGAUUUGAGCCAGGCGUCGGGAGGAUCGUCGAGCAAUGCGAGUGUGAUGUCGUCGCUGAUGAUGAAUGGGAGUCAUAACUUUAACAAUGGGACAAUGUGGAAGAGUGGGUUUGAUUCUAUGGGGAUGAGUAGUUUUGUUGGGUUUAAUAGUGAUGGGUUUAGGCAACAUGUUGCUUCAUUUGAAGAAGAGAAUGUAGAUGGAUUAGAAAAGCAAGUUUUUGCGUUUAAGUUAAUUGCUCAUGUUUUGGAUCAUGUUAAAAUUGAUAAUGCUCUUUUGAUGAGAUUAAGGUCUAUAGCGAAAAAACAGCUUCAGUCUCUUUCGGCUUUUCUUAAGAUACGGAAGCGGGAUUGGACUGAACAGGGGCACCUUCUAAAAUCUAGAGUCAAUGCUAAAUUGUCUGUUUAUCAAGCUGCAGCGAGUAUGACACUCAAGAGUCUUGCAUCCAUUGAUGCAGAUGGGAAAACGUCUAAAAGAUUAGUACUCGAGACUCUUGCAUUGAUGAUAGAUGCUGCAGACGCAUGUUUGCUAUCUGUGUGGAGAAAGUUGAGAAUUUGUGAAGAAUUAUUCAGUUCUCUCCUCAGUGGCUCUGCUCAUAUUGCUGUCACUAAAGGAGGUCAGCCAUUGCGUGUUCUGCUUAUUCGCCUUAAGCCUCUUGUGCUGACAGCAUGUGCACAGGCUGACACUUGGGGUGGAGGCCAGGGAGCCAUGUUUGAGAGUGUGACGAAAACAAGUUGUCAGAUAAUUGAAUCUGGCUGGAUCAAGGACCGUUCACCUGUUGACACAUUUAUUAUGGGAUUAGCCACAAGCAUUCGUGAACGAAAUGAUUAUGAUGAACAGGUUGGUAAGGAGAGGCAGGGAGUUCCACCUGUGCAGCUGAAUAUUAUACGUCUGCUAGCUGAUCUAACUGUUUCUGUUAGGAAGCCUGAAGUGGUAGACAUGAUACUGCCGCUUUUUAUUGAAAGCUUAGAAGAGGGUGAUGCUUCAGCUCCUGGUUUAUUGCGACUCCGUCUGCUUGAUGCAGUCUCUCGCAUAGCCAGUUUAGGUUUUGAGAAGUCAUAUCGUGAGACUGUUGUUUUGAUGACGAGAAGUUAUAUGAGUAAAUUAUCAGCUCUAGGAUCUGCUGAAAGCAAAACAUUGGCACCUGAAGCUACUACAGAACGUGUUGAGACUCUUCCUGCAGGAUUUGUUCUGGUUGCUAAGGGACUUACAAAUACAAAAUUGCGAUCAGACUAUCGUCAUCGUUUGCUUUCUUUGUGCUCAGAUGUAGGCUUGGCUGCUGAAUCUAAAAGUGGAAGGAGUGGAGCAGAUUUUUUGGGACCUCUGCUUCCCGCUGUUGCUGAAAUAUGUUCAGAUUUUGAUCCUACUGCUGGUGUGGAACCAUCGCUAUUAAAGUUAUUCCGAAAUUUAUGGUUCUAUAUUGCUCUUUUUGGGUUAGCACCCCCUAUUCAGAAAAGUCAAAUGCCAACAAAGUCAGUUUCAACCACGUUGAAUAGUGUGGGAAGCAUGGGUGCAAUUGCUCUUCAGGCAGUUGGUGGACCAUACAUGUGGAAUAUGCAAUGGUCUUCUGCUGUUCAGCGUAUUGCACUGGGGACUCCUUCUCUAGUUGUUAGCUCUGUCAAAUGGCUUGAAGAUGAAUUGGAACUUAAUGCCCUCCACAACCCUGGAAGCCGUCGUGGUAGUGGCAAUGAGAAAGCAGCUGUGACCCAAAGAGCUGCUCUUUCAGCUGCCUUAGGAGGGCGAGUUGAAGUUGCAGCAAUGAGCACAAUUUCAGGUUUAAAAGCAACAUAUCUUCUUGCUGUUGCCUUCUUGGAGAUUAUUCGAUUCCGCAGCAAUGGUGGCAUUCUUAAUGGUGGUACUGGUUUGACAGCUUCUAGAAGUGCGUUCAGUUGUGUCUUUGAGUACCUAAAAACUCCAAAUCUUAUGCCAUCUGUCUUUCAAUGUUUGACGGCAAUUGUCCACAGGGCAUUUGAAGCAGCAGUAUUGUGGCUGGAAGAUCGAGUAAGUGAAACAGGCAAAGAAGGUGAAAUCAGAGAAUCAACUCUUUUUGCUCAUACUUGCUUCCUCAUCAAAACCAUGUCACAGAGAGAGGAACACAUCCGAGAUAUAACUGUUAACUUGUUGAGUCAACUUAGAGAUAAGUUUCCCCAGGUUUUGUGGAAUUCAUCCUGCUUAGACACUCUACUAUUUUCAGUCCAUAAUGAUGCGUCUUCUACUGUUGUUAAUGAUCCUGCAUGGGGAGCGACAGUUCGUUCUUUAUAUCAAAGAAUUCUCAGAGAAUGGAUCAGCAUAUCACUUUCCUAUGCCCCAUGCACUAGCCAGGGUCUGCUUCAGGAAAAGCUGUGCAAAGCAAACACUUGGCAAAGUGCACAACCUACAGCUGAUGCGGUCUCGCUUUUAACUGAGAUACGUAUUGGCACUGGUAAAAAUGAUUGGACAGGCAUACGAACUGCGAAUAUCCCGUCAGUCAUGGCUGCAGCGGCUGCCGCAUCAGGAUCAAACUUAAAAUUGACAGAUGCUUUCAAUUUGGAGGUACUCAGUACUGGCAUAGUUAGUGCAACAGUUAAGUGUAACCAUGCCGGAGAAAUUGCUGGCAUGAGAAGGCUGUAUAACAGCAUUGGUGGAUUUCAACCUGGUAGCACACCAAGUUUUGGUAGUGGUCUCCAGAGAUUGAUAUCUGGAGCUUUUUCUCAGCCGCCAAUACCUGAGGAUGAUUCAUUCAAUGAAAUUUUACUUAAUAAGUUUGUCCAUCUUCUUCAACAAUUUGUUAGCAUCGCAGAGAAAGGCGGGGCAGUGGACAAGUCGCAGUUUCGUGAUACUUGUUCUCAGGCAACUGCAUUACUUCUAUCAAAUAUGGCUUCUGAUUCAAUAUCUAAUGUAGAGGGUUUUGCUCAACUUCUACGCCUUCUAUGCUGGUGUCCUGCUUAUAUUUCUACACCAGAUGCAAUGGAAACAGGUGUUUUCAUUUGGACUUGGUUGGUUUCAGCUGCACCCCAACUGGGGUCUCUUGUUCUUGCUGAGCUUGUUGAUGCAUGGUUAUGGACUAUUGAUACAAAACGAGGCCUCUUUGCUUCUGAGCUGAAGUACUCGGGACCGGCUGCAAAAUUGAGACCUCAGCUUGCUCCUGGGGAACCAGAAUUGCCACCUGUGAUUGAUCCUGUUGAACAAAUAAUGGCACAUAGAUUAUGGCUUGGAUUUUUGAUUGAUCGGUUUGAGGUAGUUCAUCACAAUAGCGUUGAGCAACUCUUGCUUCUCGGACGCCUAUUACAAGGAACCAUGAAAUUGCCAUGGAACUUUUCACGCCACCCAGCAGCUACUGGAACAUUUUUCACUUGCAUGCUUCUGGGGCUCAAGUUCUGCUCGUGCCAAAGCCAGGGGAACUUGCAAGGUUUCAAAUCAGGGCUUCAACUACUUGAAGACCGAAUCUAUAGGACCUGUUUGGGAUGGUUUGCUUUUGAGCCUGAAUUGUAUGACAUUGACAAUAUGAAUUUUACACAAAGUGAGGCUCAGUCUGUCUCUAUCUUUCUUCACUAUCUUUCUAAUGAGCGGAUAGAUUCUCAAUCUGGUGCAAAAGGACGCGGGCAAGAGAAUGGAAAUCCGUUGGCUGACAUGAAUGAUCAAUAUCAUCCUGUCUGGGGCCAAAUUGAGAAUUAUGUCGUUGGAAGAGAAAAACGGAAACAGCUGCUCUUGAUGUUAUGCCAAAAUGAAGCUGAUAGGCUGGAAGUUUGGGCACAACCUACCAACUCAAAGGAAAGCACAUCCGGUCCUAAAAUUAGCUCAGAAAAAUGGAUUGAGUAUGCUAGGACUGCUUUCUCUGUGGAUCCUCGGAUUGCGUUGUCGUUAGUCUCAAGGUUUCCCACCAAUGUUUCUCUAAAGGCUGAAGUUACUCAUCUUGUUCAGUUGCAUAUCUUGGAAAUCCGUUGCAUACCUGAAGCAUUGCCAUAUUUUGUCACCCCAAAGGCUGUUGAUGAAAAUUCAGUGCUUCUACAGCAACUACCACACUGGGCUGCUUGUUCAAUUACACAAGCUCUGGAGUUCCUCACUCCUGCAUACAAGGGUCAUCCACGUGUCAUGGCAUAUGUUCUCAGGGUUUUGGAAUCAUACCCUCCAGAGUGUGUGACAUUUUUCAUGCCACAGUUAGUGCAAUCUCUGAGAUAUGAUGAAGGGAAAUUAGUUGAAGGAUACCUGCUGAGAGCAGCUCAGAGAAGUGACAUAUUUGCCCAUAUCCUUAUAUGGCAUCUACAGGGGGAAACUUGUGUAUUAGAAACGGGAAAAGAUGCUGCCUCUGGAAAGAAUAAUUCCUUUCAAUCCCUGUUACCUGUUGUUCGGCAACAUAUCAUUGAUGGUUUCACCUCAAAGGCCCUGGAUGUGUUUCAAAGGGAAUUUGACUUCUUUGACAAAGUCACAUCUAUUUCUGGUGUUCUCUUUCCACUUCCGAAGGAAGAGCGUCGGGCAGGGAUCCGAAGGGAAUUGGAGAAAAUUGAAAUGGAGGGAAAUGACCUAUAUUUACCAACUGCUCCAAACAAGCUUGUCAGGGGUAUUCGGGUAGACAGUGGAAUACCUUUACAGUCAGCAGCAAAAGUUCCUAUAAUGGUGACAUUUGAUGUGGUUGACCGGGAUGGGGAUCAGAAUAUUACAAAACCCCAAGCUUGCAUUUUCAAGGUUGGAGAUGAUUGUCGACAAGAUGUUCUUGCACUACAAGUUAUAUCACUUCUUAGAGACAUUUUUGAAGCAGUUGGACUUAAUCUCUAUGUGUUUCCUUAUGGAGUUCUUCCAACAGGCCCAGAAAGGGGUAUUAUAGAGGUUGUGCCUAAUACUCGAAGCAGAAGUCAGAUGGGUGAAACAACAGAUGGUGGUUUGUACGAGAUUUUUCAGCAGGAUUUUGGGCCUGUAGGCUCUGCUAGUUUUGAAGCUGCUCGUGAGAAUUUUAUCAUUAGCAGUGCUGGUUAUGCAGUUGCCAGUCUUCUGCUCCAGCCUAAGGAUAGACAUAACGGGAAUCUUCUUUUUGACAAUGUGGGGAGGCUUGUUCAUAUUGAUUUUGGUUUUAUCUUGGAAACAUCACCUGGUGGGAAUAUGCGCUUUGAGAGUGCACACUUUAAGCUGAGCCAUGAGAUGACUCAAUUGUUAGAUCCAUCUGGUGUUAUGAAGAGUGAAACCUGGUUACAGUUUGUAAGAUUGUGUGUCAAGGGUUACCUAGCUGCCCGUCGUUAUAUGGACGGGAUAAUCAACACUGUGGCGUUGAUGUUAGAUAGCGGAUUACCCUGUUUCAGUAGGGGUGAUCCAAUUGGAAAUCUUCGCAAGAGAUUUCAUCCCGAAAUGAGUGAGCGGGAAGCUGCAAAUUUCAUGAUUCGCGUGUGCACGGACGCCUAUAACAAGUGGACUACUGCGGGCUAUGACUUGAUACAGUAUCUGCAGCAAGGCAUUGAGAAGUAAACUGAAAUUACAGAGUAUAAAUUGUACAUGAUUGUUUGUAAUUUUGUAAUAUUUUUUCUUAGGGUUACAGCUUCAAUUCUUUCAAGGGGAUUCCUCCAUGAAAACCCGAGUUAAAAGAUCUUAGAAACGGCUCUUCUUUGUGACAUAAAGGCGGAAUUCCAUGGUUGUUUGUAAAAGUACAGGUGUUUAUCCUUAUUUAUUAAUGAAAUUCACAAGAUCCUAGCAAGUAGAAA